UCAAUCCUCACCCUCUCCCCUUCCCCCUUUAUUCACGCAAGAUUUCACCCCCCCAAUCUCUCUCUCUCUCUUUCUAGAUUCUUGGGGCUACCAACAAGAUAAAUACUGCAGAACAAUCAUCACCACUGUCUUGGAUGUUGAAUCAGGGGUUGCAGGCAUGGAGGAAGAGCCCAAGAAGGCCUUCAUGGAGGCCCAACUCCUCACCGACUUCCGAGCCUUCGUCUCCCUCGUCUGCAACAACCCCCUCUACUCCGCCUACCUCCUCUUCUUCACUCCUUGCUUCCUCAGACUCCUCCUCUUCCUCUGCCCGCUCCUCCUCUCCACCACCCUCCUCCUCCUAGUGCUCCUCACCGUCUCCCCACAGCUGGAGAACGCCAAAUUCCGGCAAGAUAUCCCGGCGAGAGUGGAGACUCCAGCGUGCCCGACCGGCCGCUGCUUCUUGGUAGGCGCCAUCGUGAGGCUGGCCGAGUUGUUCAAGGAGCAGAUGGGAGGAGAAGUGGAGGUGUCCUUCUGGGAUGUGCUGGACAUCUGGAGCAACAACGCGUUUGAGUACAAUCCGGAAGCUUACGCUGACAGGGGAGAGGAGGCGAAGGGGUCGAGCCUUGUUGGGACCAAGUCCAUGAAGAAAGUGAGGGAGUGGAAGAGGACUCUCGCCUGCAAACUCUACGAGGAGAAGCAGAACAAGUGGAGGGAGACGCUGGGGGGGAAGCUCAUUGUGGAUGAUGGGUUUGUUGGGUUAGGGGAGGAGUUCAAUGGGGAGGGGAUGGACCUCCUCUGGGAGGUCUAUGAAGAGAGUGGGAAGGGCAAAGUCAAGGCCUUGGAGAGGGAGGUCAGCCAUGGACGCAUCAGCAGAGAGGAUUCCAAGAGGAGCGUUGCGUCUGAUUACAGCUUUGGGAGGAUAAGCAGCAGGAGGUCUUCUUGCGGUGGGGAUCACGAGAGGGAGGAGGAGGAGGAGGAUGAACCAGAGACCCCAUUCUGCUGCCUCAGUGCCCUGAAAUUUUCCACCAGGAAGAUGUCCCUCGGAAUGAGCAAGCCCAAUCUGGUCAAGUUUUCUAAGACCCUCAAGGGUUUUGGCCUCUUCAAAAAUGUACAUAAAACUAAAAGUAGUAAAAAAUCGAAUUCAUGAGAGAUCAUAGUUUUCUUCCUAAUCCUACUGAAUUCCACACAUUGUAUAUUUUUUUGGGUUCCUCUUUAUUGUUUCCAUCUGUUGUUGCGGAAAGACGGAAAAUCAGAAGAGGACCUCCUUUCUCUCUGUUUCCUGCGCUUUAGCUUGAGGUAGCUGUCUUUGUACCUCUUAGAAACUUUUUGUACAACGGAAGUUCAUCACAAGAUUUUGCAGAAUCCAAGGAUUUGAAAGAAA